AGCAUUUGACUCCAAAGACGUCACCGUUGUACAUCUAUUACGGAUGCUUACUGGUGUAUAGUUGUUUGAGUACCACUCUAUAUAUUCCUUCUAUUAGCAAUAACAACAAUAGUGUAAUAAUACAACUAUCGACAAAGUAAGCUUCGCUAUAUGGGGUCGGCAGGAAUAUCAUCAGCCGUACUUGGACAUACGCCUUCUCCAUAUCGGUCGAACGCGCAUAUGAAUGCAUAUACGGGACAGAAUUUCACUCGACCUCAACAUUUUCAUGGAUCUUUUCAACAAAAUAUGUGCAAUGGGUAUGGAAGUACAAACGACGGAACACAGUCGCGUAAUGGUUUAAGGAGUUCGGGUAUAAGUACUCGUAGGAACAGUACUGGAUCACCGGUUCCAUCAUUAAGCUUGACGAAUGUUUACAUUCGUGGGCUUGAGCAAAAUACAACUGAUGAUGAUCUAAGAGAUAUGUGCGCGAAAUUCGGCCGGAUAGCAUCAACGAAAGCAAUUAUGGACAAGACAACUGGUCAAUGUAAACGUUAUGGAUUCGUUGAUUUCGAGGAAGCAGCUGAUGCAGUACGUGCUGUUGAAGGUUUGAAUCAGGAAGGGAAGGUCCGAGCGCAAAUGGCUAAGGCGCUGAGUCCAAACAACCAAAAUAGCCUCUUUCAGCAACAGGAACAAGAUCCGACAAAUUUGUACUUGGCAAAUUUGCCACCGAAUUAUACAGAAAGAGAUUUGCAAAAGCUGCUGGAAAGUUAUGGUUCAACAAUCAGUACAAGAGUGUUGAAGAAUGGUGAUGGUUCAAGCAGAUGUGUUGGGUUCGCUCGGAUGGAUAAUGAAGAAUUAUGUGCAAAAAUUAUCAAAGAAAUGAAUGGGAAAAAAAUAAUUCCGGGUUGCAAUUUGCCGCUUAUGGUGAAAUAUGCAGAUAGUAAUAAAAAGACAAAAAGUCGACCUUUGCAAAGUGUACCGGGAUUGUAUGGUAGCCUUACACAUCUUGAGAUUACUCAACCGUGUUUUGCAACACCACCUUAUGACCAAAGCGGUCAAUAUAUCCGCAGCAAUCCGAACUACCAAUACUUACUAACACCACCAUCGCCUUAUGUCUACAGUCCACAUCCUCAGUAUCAUGUUUUCUCAGGUUAUGGAGAUGCUCCAAUGGGGAACCUUGCUGCUCAAAUGCAAAAUUUAUCACUUCAAGGUGCUAAUGCAAUGCUACAUCCGUCAGCUGAAUUAACAAGCAUCGGGCCGGGUACAAGUAUGACAGCUAAUCAGGCUCCCGCUGGCACAGCAAUUCCUCAGGUUGCUAUGCAAGCCUACACAGUUCCAAUCUAUCCAUGGCCAUAUGGUGUCCAGGCAACGACAGACCCGAAUAUGAUUGGUGCCGUGGUGACAUCUGCGACACCGUUGCAAAAUUUUGUUCCAGAAUUAGCUGCAAUACAUACAGAUGCUGCAAAUGUUGCUGCUGCUACUGCUGCUGCUGCCGUCGCUGCUGCUGCUGCUGGUGCCAUACCAGCAAAUCAGACAUCCGGUCAGGUUAUCUACACCAGUCAGCCACCACCACCUCCACCACCGCCUUCGCAAGCGCCAGCACUACAAAUGCAGCAAAACUGAGCAGAGAAAAUGCCUUCAGGAAUUUUAAUUUUUGCCGUAUCUCAGACAAACUUGUUGUAGUUAUGACGCAUGGAAAGUAAAGAGAAAAGCUCAAAGAG